CAGCAUGCAAUGUGACAGAGGCACUGCAGUUUCAACUUAGUGUGUUGCUAUGUGUCUCGCUAAUAUACACUUAAUUGCCAAAAUGUCCAAGUUAAUAAACAAAAGAAAGCGGUUAACUUUUGAAGAGAAGUGUCAGCUGAUACGCGAAGUGAAAUCAGGUAUCCCAAAACAGAACGUGAUCCAGAAAUAUGGGAUCAGCGAGAGGAUGUACAGGAUAGUGUUAUCUCGUGAAACUGAUUUUAACAAUAAGAUCGAAAGUUAUGAAUAUCAAAACAAGAAAUCGUCAAGAACAAGUAGUGAUGUGCAUUUGGAUGCUGCUGUCUUUGAAUGGUUUAAGCAAGCCAGAGACAGAGGUGAUCCACUAUCCGGGCCGAUUAUUCAAGAGAAAGCUCGUAUUUUAGACGAAAAGAUCAACGGUUCUCAAACUUUUAAAGCCAGCAAUGGAUGGCUGAGUAGAUUCCGAAUGCGGUACGGCAUUCGACUGAAAGAAGAGAGAUUGUCCAAUAAUUCUUCAAAAGCGGCAGAAUUUUUGCCAAUUUUUAAAGCAAAAAUUGAAUCCGAAAAUUUAAAGCUAGACAACAUUUACAAUGCCGACGAAUCUGGAAUUCUAUGGCGACUAUUGACGGCGUGCACUCUUCCUCUACAUAUAGAAGAAAAAGAAGCUUUGAAGAAAAAAGAAUGCAAAGACCGUGUCACAGCUCUAUUCUGUGCCAAUGCCUCUGGAAGUCAUCGAAUUCCACUUUUAUUAAUUGGUGAAUCUGAAAACCCAACAUGUCUCAUAAAUCAUGUACCGGAAAAUUUAAAAGAUCAACGGUUAAAAAACUUGAAAAUUUUGGGUGUCAUUUACACACAUCAGGAUAGUGCAUGGAUGGACAAGUCUAUAUUCUUGCUAUGGUACAAGGAAGAGUUUAUUCCGCGUGUUUUAGAACGUCAAAGACAGGAUGCAAUAGCGGGAAAGGUUGUUUUGCUUCUCGAUAAUGCUCCAUGCCACCCGAGUUUGGAUGAACUCAACGCGAUAAACGAAAACUUUGAAGUUUUAUAUUUGCCUCCGAAUGUGCCAGCUUCGAAUCAACCUAUGGCUCAAGGAUUAAUCGCGAUGACGAAAAAACUAUUCAAGAAAGAAUUGUUGAGAAGUUUAUUCCGCAGUGAGGAAUCAGAAGGGGCUAUUCUGUUUUUAAAAGAAUUCGACCUUCCGGAUUGUUUUGGCAUGCUCAGCCUCGCCUGGGACGCUGUGAAAUCAUCUUCUCUUAAAAAAGCAUGGAAACCGCUUUUGACCGACUCACACCUUCUGGCUCGGCUAGAGGCCAAUUUAAAGCUAGGGCAAGAGGAGGAUCCUUUAUUCAUCGAUGAUGCAGUUCUGAGCGAAUCGGAUUCCACCACUGAUUUCAUUAGUUUAUCUGAUGAAAUUUGCGAUCAAGUUUCGGAACUAUUAUCAGGGCCAGAUUAUUCUGUAGAAAAAUCGAAAGAAUAUCUCCUGAAUUGGUUUGAAAGUCGAUUUGGAAAUGAUUAUAUCGAUUGCGGUUGGGAGUCACUAUCAGACAGUGACAUUGUAAGCCUUGUUACCACUCGCCGACGCGAGCCUGAAAGCUUAACUAAAAUAAAAAAGAACGAAAAUAUAUUUAAAAAUCCUAGUUCUGUAAACUUUGUUGCAAAUGAUAGACCUGAAUCUGAAAUCGAAAAGAACGAAACUAUGCUUGACGAUCCUGUUUUUGUCAACUUUUUUAAAAGUGGUAUAUACGAGCCUGAAAUUAUUCCUAAAGUCGAAAAGAGCGAAACUGUACUUGAAGAUCCUGUUCUUAAAGAUCCUGUUCUUGAAGAUCCUGCUCUUGAAGAUCCUGUUCUUGUAAACCUGGUUAGAAAUAGCAGAUAUGGAUCUGAAAUUGUAACUCAAAUCGAAAAUAGCGAAACUGUUCUUGAAGAUCUUGUUUUUGUCAACUUUGUUACAAAUGUUAGAAGCGAAUCUGAAAAUUUACCUAAAAUCAAAAACAGCGAAACUAUUGUUAAAGGUCCUGUUUUUUUAAGCCCUGUUAAAAAUGGUAGUCGUGGAUCUAAAAUUGGAACUGGAAUCGAAAAGAACGAAACUGUUCUUGAAGAUCCUGUUUUUGACAACUUUGUUUUAAAUCAUAGACGCGAGCCUAAAAUCGAGAAAAGUGAAACUGUGUUAGACAAUUCUGAAAAUAUGGAAAUAACUUCGUCGUUAGAGGCUUGUGGCUACCUCAUGAAGUUUAAAAAUUGGGCGAAAUCGCGAAGAGACUGCUUACCGAUGUAUCUUGAUUACAUUAGAGAAUUAGAGAACUGGGCAACCGAACCUGUGGUAUGUUCAUGGAUAUAGGAAUGGGAGGCCAUCUUGGCGUGCUAAAUCGAUAUUGCGAGGUAAAAAUUUGUUUCAAUAUUAAUUUUAUAAAUUUAUUUUUCUUACAUAAUUUCGGGUUCUUUUCGGUUUCUCCGAAACUGAUAAUAAUUUUUUUUUUAAAUUGUUAAUACAAAUUUACCAGAAAUUAAGUUUACAAAUUUUACUUGGAAAAUUUUAGGGUUCUUUAGGGCUCCUGAAAUAUCGACCGAAAGUCAUCCGAUUUUUUUCUCUUUUUUUGUAAUACUUGGUAUUGAGCUAACCAAAUUUUAUUUAAAAAUACAUGAACAAUAUUAUGAAAUUCAUUAUUUCUGGUCUGAUAAUUUAAAGCGCAUUUAGAGCUCUCCGAGGGCAAGUUAUGUAUAUUGUACAUAAGACUCUAGUUGAAAUAAUAACUGUAAAUUUAAUUAUAUACAAAAAUUAGGUACUUGAAUAAAGUUUGAUUUUUUAUAUAAA